GGGGAAGAAGGGGAUCAGCUCAAGGAGGAGGAGAAGGAGGAAGAGGAAAACAAGACAAACAGCCAGCGCAGAGGAGAGGAGCGUGUGUCUCGCGGUCUGAUCCCUGUGGGAUUCCUGCAGCCUUGUAACUGGGAACCAGUGCCCUGCUCUCUCCAGCCCUGAAGCAGCCUGCAGCUUCCCCACUGAGGCCAUGGGCCCAGGGUCUCUGCUAGCCCUACUGCUCAUCACGGCAUGGCCUGGUGAGGGGGUCCCAGUGAUAGAGCCCAGUGUCCGUGAGCUGGUGGUGGAGCCAGGCGUAAAGGUGACCCUGCGGUGCGUGGGCAAUGGCAGCGUGGAGUGGGAUGGCCCCAUCUCCCCACACUGGACCCUGGACCCUGACACCCCUAACAGCAUCCUGACCACGAACAACGCCACCUUCCAAAACACGGGGACCUACCGCUGCACUGAAGCUGGAGACCCCCUGGGGGGCAGUGCUGCCAUCCACGUCUACGUCAAAGACCCUGUCCGGCCCUGGAACGUGCUGACACAGGAGGUGACAGUGUUCGAGGGCCAGGAUGCGCUGCUGCCCUGCCUGCUCACCGACCCGGCCCUGGAGGCGGGCGUCUCACUGAAGCGCAUACGUGGCCGGCCCGUCAUGCGCCAAACCAACUACUCCUUCUCCGCUUGGUACGGCUUCACCAUCCACAAGGCCAAGUUCAUUGAGAGCAGCAUGUACCAAUGUAACGCCCUGGUGAACGGCGAGACGCGGUCGUCCAUGGGCAUCCGGCUCACAGUGAAGAAAGUCCUCCCAGGGCCCCCGACCUUGACACUAGAGCCUGCAGAGCUGGUGCGGAUCCAGGGGGAGGCGGCUCAGAUCCUGUGCUCAGCCAGCAAUGUCGACGUACAAUUCGACGUCUUCCUCCAACGCGGAGACACCAAGCUUACAACAGUCUCUCAACAAUCCGACUUCCGCGACAACCGUUACCAUAAAGUGCUGACCCUCAACCUUGAUGACGUGGGCUUCCAGGACGCCGGCAUCUACUCCUGUGUGGCCAGCAAUGCCCUGGGUGACCAUUCCACCUCUAUGAUCUUCCGGGUGGUAGAGAGUGCCUACCUGAACUUGACCUCUGAGCAGAACCUCCUCCAGGAGGUGACCGUGGGUGAGAAGCUCAGCCUCAGAGUCAAGGUGGAGGCCUACCCAAGCCUACAAGGCUUCAAUUGGACCUACCUGGGGCCCUUCUCGGACCACCAGCCCAAGCUCAACUUUGUCACCAGCAAGGACACCUACAGGUACACGUCCACCCUGUCCCUGCCCCGCCUGAAGCCCUCGGAGGCAGGCCGCUACUCCUUCCUGGCCAGAAACGCAGGGGGCUGGAGUGCUCUGACCUUUGAGCUCACCCUUCGAUACCUCCCCGAGGUGAGUGUCACAUGGACACCCACCAACGGCUCUUACUCUCUAUUCUGUGAGGCCUCCGGGUACCCCCAGCCCAAUGUGACGUGGCUGCAGUGCAGAGGCCACGUUGACAGGUGUGAUGAGGCCCAAGUGCUGCAGGUCUGGGAAGAUGGGUACCCCGAGGUCCUGAGCCAGGAGCCCUUCCAGAAGGUGAUCGUCCAGAGCCAACUGACCGUCAAGACUUUUGAGCACAACACGACCUACGAGUGCAGGGCCCACAACAGCGUGGGCAACAGUUCCCGCUCCUUCAGGCCCUUCCCUGUAGGAGCCCACACGCAGCUCCCCGAGGAGGCACUCUUCACGCCAGUGGUGGUCGCCUGCUUGUCCGUCAUGGCCUUGCUGCUGCUCCUGCUCUUGCUGCUGUUGUACAAGUACAAGCAGAAGCCCAAGUACCAGGUGCGCUGGAAGAUCAUCGAGAGCUACGAGGGCAACAGUUACACCUUCAUCGACCCCACCCAGCUGCCCUACAAUGAGAAGUGGGAGUUCCCCCGAAACAACCUGCAGUUUGGUAAGACCCUUGGAGCUGGUGCCUUUGGGAAGGUAGUGGAGGCCACCGCCUUCGGUCUGGGCAAGGAGGAUGCUGUCCUGAAGGUGGCUGUGAAGAUGCUGAAGUCUACAGCACACGCGGACGAGAAGGAGGCCCUCAUGUCGGAGCUGAAGAUCAUGAGCCACCUGGGCCAGCACGAGAACAUAGUCAACCUUCUGGGAGCCUGCACCCACGGAGGCCCUGUCCUGGUCAUCACCGAGUACUGCUGCUAUGGCGACCUGCUCAACUUCCUGAGGAGGAAGGCUGAGGCCAUGCUGGAGCCCAGUCUGAGUCCAGGCCCUGACCCUGUGGGAGACGCUGGCUACAAGAACAUCCACCUGGAGAAGAAAUACGUCCGCAGGGACAGCGGCUUCUCCAGCCAGGGUGUGGACACCUAUGUGGAGAUGAGGCCCGUGUCCACGUCUUCCAACGACUCCUUUUCUGAGCAAGACCUGGACAAGGAGGACAGCCGGCCACUAGAGCUCCGGGACCUGCUCCACUUCUCCAGCCAAGUGGCCCAGGGCAUGGCCUUCCUCGCAUCCAAGAAUUGCAUCCACCGGGACGUGGCAGCUCGGAAUGUGCUGUUGACCAGUGGGCGUGUGGCUAAGAUUGGGGACUUCGGGCUGGCUAGGGACAUCAUGAAUGACUCCAACUACAUCGUCAAGGGCAAUGCCCCCCUGCCUGUCAAGUGGAUGGCCCCGGAGAGCAUCUUCGACUGUGUCUACACGGUUCAGAGUGACGUCUGGUCCUACGGCAUCCUCCUCUGGGAGAUCUUCUCACUCGGGCUGAACCCCUACCCUGGCAUCCUGGUGAACAGCAAGUUCUACAAACUGGUGAAGGAUGGAUACCAGAUGGCCCAGCCUGCGUUUGCCCCAAAGAACAUAUAUGGCAUCAUGCAGGCCUGCUGGGCCCUGGAGCCCACUCACAGACCCACCUUCCAGCAGAUCUGCACCCUCCUCCAGGAGCAGGACCGAGCGGCCAGGAGAGAGCAGGACUAUGCCAACCUGACCAGCAGCAGUAGCAGCGGUGGCGGCAGCAGCAGUGAGCCAGAGGAGGAGAGCUCUAGCGAGCAGCUGGCCUGCUGUGAGCAAGGGGACAUCGCCCAGCCCCUGCUGCAGCCCAACAACUACCAGUUCUGCUAAGGGGCGGAGCCGGAGCACGGCCUCUCCCCUCCUCCAGUCUCCAUUCCACGGGGGAGCACACUACCUGCCCGUGGUUGGUUCACUCAACAGCUCGGCCCAGCUCUGAAACAUGGGAAUGUGAGGGAGCCAGGGAGGCCAGAGGACCCCACUCCCCAAGUCUGGGCCAUCACUGCCGUAAUGGGGCUGGGCUGAGCCUGCCCCGUCCCCCCGUCCGCCCGUUGUCCUCAUGGGGUUGGCCCGUGUUUGCUAUGUCGACUGGCAGAGCCCCUCAGCUCACUCCCUCGACCUUGUUCCCACUUCCAAGCACCCCCUUUGCCGAUCCUCUUGUGUCUCUAAGGAAAUGGACUGGUUUUGUGCCUACGAGGUCCCCCAAACUGCCCUGAUACUGAGAAAGCCAAAUGUGCCGGGGCUAGACGGUGCUCCUAGGCAGUGACAGGAUCACCUCCUGAGUGGAGGAGGAGCUCCCGGACUGCUCUCAGCUCCAGCCCUUGGAGCAAGGCUCCUCUGUGAGGCCCUCACCUCUGCCCCCAAGGUCGUCUUGUCUCAACUCCCCACCCCGGUCUGGUCCUGCUAUUAUGAGCCAAAUGGCAGCUAUGUCAGGACUGUUCUGCCUGGUUUCCGUCAUUCUGGCUGGAAGGCGGGGACCCUGGUGUGUGGCUGGCCACACCAGCAAGCACACGCUCCCCCAGCUGACUCAUGAUGACUAACGGUCACGCCGCAGGACGUCUCGUCAACAUUAAACUAACAGCUCUAACACA